GUGUCUCUUGAUAUCGCCACAAGAGCAUUCUGUCUUACAAACUUGACACAAUCCGCCAGUACGCGAUCUCAUCUCUUUCCUUCGCUCAAUCUUAGCCAUAUACGGGCCGUGCGCCGAGACGUUUUUCCCAUCAACCUGAAUAGGGGACGGAGGUACACAUAUGCGAAUUCGAUCGUGGCGAUAUCAUAUUGUCUCAAUAUCGGAGUGACAGGUGGCUGCAGGAAGACACAUACACAUCGGGCGUGUACAAUUUGCCACACCAUCUUGAAAAUCUGUAUGCCGGGAGACAUGUCGACCAAUUGCCAAAACCCAAAGCUUGCAAGGCCAACUUUCGAUAGACUAGACAGCUGCAUGUCUCGCUUCGAGAUGUGCUUUUUUGCCGACAAUGACGAAGUCCUACGUAGGUCAUCACCCAUGUACCAUUUCCGGAUAGCACGAUCGUCCUUCGGAGUCACGACUUUGGGAAUAGCCGCAAUUCUCCUGCCUCUUUGA